AAAACAAAGUCAGGAAAAUGACGUUUGUUGUCAGUUGCGCUUUGUUAUCGUCGCGAUUAUUUUCUACAUUCAUUAUAAGGAAAAAAUUCUUGUGUAUACAUACAGUCAAAUCUCUUAUGGAUAAACGUGAUGAAGCGAAGUCAGCCAUGGAACUCAUCAACAUCCCGCCAAUCGUUUCUAUAUACCGGCAUGCGCUUCACACCUUCGAUGACAGGUACAAAAAUGAUCUUUUGAUUAAUUUGGAUAAGCUGAAGUCUAUGAUGGACUUUCUGAAGUCUGAAGAUUUAGGCUACGACGAUAACUUAAAAAAUGAAGCGUUUUGGCGGCAACCCGACAAAGCACCCUGUACGUACAUAGAAGUUUUUCAAAACAACCAAAUAAAUAUGAGUAUUUUUGUUUUAAAACCGGGUUUCAAAAUGCCGCUCCACGACCACCCACAUAUGCACGGGCUCCUGAAAGUGAUUUCUGGUGCUGUGAAAAUUAGAAGUUUUUCCGAGUACCCUCUGAAGGAGAGUGUUGAUCCUAUAGAGUUCCAAAGCGUUGCGAGGAAGGAAGCAGCGCGGCUGGCGACCGGCCACCACAAGCGACGGAAAUUAUUUGCUGAAGUAACCUGCGAGAAAGUUUGUUCUGAGAACUCCAGUACUUGCACAUUGACACCGACCGUGUCCAACUACCACGAGCUAGAGGCACUCGACGUGCCAGCGGCCUUCUUUGACAUCCUCUCUCCCCCCUACGACACCUUGAUCGAAGGUAUAGGACCGAGACGAUGCCGCUACUACUACGUCUCCAAUGAAAUAAGCACCAACGUAGUGGAAUUGCAAGAAACUGAAGUGCCAAAAUGUUUCUACUGUGAUCAAGCACCGUAUUUAGGACCAAUACUUGGUUAGGUACAAAUUUACUAUAAUUUAGGUAGCUAUUUGAAGUUUUAUAGAAAAAUAUUAAGUUCCUCGCCAUAUAAUAGUAUUUCUCCCGAUACCUUCUAUCCAUCUUUAAUGUUGAUAUGCAAAUAUUCUAAUGUCCUCUUCAUGUUAUGCAGUAUUUGUUCUAUUGAUAUGUAUACAUUGGUUAAUGUUUUUCUAGCAAAUUUAUGAUGGGGUAUCACAUUAUAGUCUCUAUGUCCUACACCAUACGAGUUACCAUUAAAUAAAAUUAGCCGUUGUCAUAGUAAACAUUACUGGGUGUUGUAUGCAUUUAUCCAUAGCUGUAUGAAGUAGAAAAUAAACUUAUUGGAAGUCCGUACAUUAUCAAAUAUCCAAGUAGAUAAUUGAAUUUGUUAUUACUAAAAAGUAUAUUGUGUAAUUUACAAUUUUAUCAGAUUUCUAAAUGAAUGUUUACCCUCCGUUUGUAUGUGAAAUGCAUACAAAAUUGGAGCUUACAAGAUUUAUUAUACAUACAUACUUACGAUGUGGCAGUAUGCUUAAUGUGUUAUUUAUAAAUGUUGCUGGAUGUUUGACAAUUUGACAUUGUUGUUGUUAUUGGUUGUCUUGUAAUUAAUAGAAUUAUUUUAAUUCUAUUUCUAAGUCAAGGAAAAGAUUUUUGUUUAACUCAAUGCUUUCUUUGUUCUUUGUUUUUAGGCUCUUGACACUUUAUCUGUGAGUUCUGUAAAUUCUUCGUAAUCUUUAUCUGAGUUUAUAAUGGACUAGGAUUUUAAUAGCGUUCAAACUUAAUCUUUAUGGCAAUUAAAAUUACAUUUCUUGUAAUGUUUUUUUAUCUUUGGCUGUAUGUUUUGAAACUCUCCGUGUUUAUUUUCUUUUCUUCUUACCUACCUGUGUAUGUGUCAUUAGUAUUGUUUUAGUUAGAUUAUACAAUUCACCAUUGUCUUGUGCGAUAUACCUGCUAUACUGUGCUGACAAGAAUUCAUAAUCCUUAGUGAUAUGUCCCGGGUUUCAUCACAAUAAACUAGAAUAAGUUCGACAUAUUUCAACGAUAUAGUGACAAGUCAAAUUUUUGUUCUUUUUGAGGCUUUAAACAUCAUGGAUGUCUUACAAUUUUAUACGUAAAAAUAUGACAUUUUGUUUACAAUAGUAAUGCUUUUUUUUACAAUUAUGUAUUGAUUCUUUUAUGUCAUCGUCUUACAAUAUUUUUUAUUUGCUAUGAGAUGUAUUUUAUAACAUUUUAAGUUAAAAGUGAAAUGAAUGUUCACAACAUUCCAACAUUAUCGUGUUGUAAUUCUAAAUAUUCAUUCAUCAUUUGGGUAUGUACUGUGUAGCAUUAUUAAUUUAAUUAUCUGAUCUCUAAAAUCAUUAUUCGUAAUUGUAACGUCAUCGUAAUAGUUAGAUAAUUAAUAAAUAAAUCUUAAAUAUUGCACCUGUAAAAUUAUAUUUGUAGGAAAGCGUGAAUUUGUUUCCUUUGUGAUGCCAGAAUUGAAUUUAUGAAAAUUUUAACAAAAUUUUUAAUGAUGCACUGUUAAUGUAUAAGGAAAUUUUAUAGAAAUAAGUUUUUGUUUUCCAGAAGUAGUAUUGAUGUUUUAUUGUUAAUAAAAAAGAUUGAUUUGUUAA